UGAACGCUCAAAAAGUUUCCUUACGUGUUGUUAUUUUACCUUCAAUCCCACCACACCAAGAAUCGCUCAUCAAUAUUCCUAUGUUUAUUCGUAUUUUGCCAAAUGUUGAGAUACGAUAAGUGACCAAUCAUAUCAUAAUAUGGAACAGGCGGGGGAGUUUACUUUUAAUAAAGAUAACGAAGAUGUUCGUGAACCGGCCGUAAUAAACAGACAAUUGCUCGUAAAACUUGCGAUUGAACAAGGACCCAAAGAGGAUAACGAAGCCGGCAAACUCUUCGUUCAAGAUGGAAUUAAUCUCACUGAAAUACAGCAGAUCAGCAUUGAAUUUUUAAAUAUUCUCAAGAUCGAUAAUCUCUGGAUAUUGGCUAACAGUCUCACCCGCCUCAAGCUUUCGAACAAUGCGAUCGAAAAGAUUGAAAAUCUCGAUUGCCUCGUUCAUCUCGUCGACCUUGAUCUUUCCUUCAACCACAUCAAAACCAUCGAAAAUUUAGAGAGCCUCGUUAAAUUAGAAGUUCUACUUCUUUAUGCCAAUGAAAUACAAGAAGUCGGCGGAAUGGAUGCAUUAACGGAGCUCACGAUUUUUAGCAUCGGCGCCAAUCAAAUCGACGACUGGGAUCACGUAAUGUACCUACGGAAAUUUAACAAAUUACGGUCGCUCAACGUCAAAGGAAAUAGUUGUACCAACAAAGAUGGUUAUAUCGAUUAUGUCGUGGCAUUUUUGCCCCAAAUUGUUUACCUGAAUUACAAAAUGUUGGACGAAACUAAGCGCCAUCUCGCGCAACAAAAACAUCAACGUGCCAUUUUUAAUCUGGACGAAAAAGAAUCAAGCGAAAAAGCUGACACGGCGGAUAGAGAAGCGAAGAGAAAAAGGCAAUUGCUUCUGUCGGUUUCAUACGUCGAAUAUCUCGACGGAGAUGAGUUGUUUCGACAAAUGUACCAAAACGACAAAGAGGGUAAAGAAUUGUCGCUGCUCAAUGAGGACACUCAAGAUCUGUACGAUGAGUAUGAGAAACGAAUAAUGGAUCUUUGCCGUCAGCUGUUCGAGUUUGGCUUGCGAGAACAAGAGAAAAGAAGCGAGGAAAUAAGAUUGUUUGAAAAAACUGUGGACGAAGGACGAGAAGCUGUUCACGCCGAAGCGAGAACGAUGAUGGAUGAGAUAAUUGCCCAUAAAAUCAACAUAUUCGAGGAGCUCGGAAAUUUGUUAUUGAAUAAACCGAGAAAGGACAGACCGGUGACGAAAGAGGUUAAGGACGAAGAUGACAUUCAGGAAAAGGUUAUAGAAGCUCAGCGACUCUCCGAUGAUUUCAAUGAUUUGUUGUCGAAAACUUGGACCAGACUCAUGUACAGAGAAGUCAUUUUGCACGAGCAAAUGGAGGAGACGAACGAGUAUCAUAAACAAAACAUGGGCGACUUGGUGACGAAUUUCACGGAAACUGCUCGGGCGACAUUCGCGCUGAUGCGGGAUGCGGAGGCGGAUUAUAAUGACAGUAUUGAGAGCUUGGCUACUAUUUAUGCAAAUACUUUUACGGAUCAGAUCAAAAUGCCGGAUCGUCACGCGCAAGUUUGCGGUGACAAGAAUAUUUUGAGCAAUUGCUUAACCAGUUCCCACGACCUUCAUUUGCAGACUGUCGACGCCCGAGAAGAUCUACUAUUGUCCAGAAUCAAAACUUGGUACGACGAGUACACAGAGCGUCUUGUAAGCGAGGAGAUCGAGCGAAACCGGAACGCGGUACUCGAAAUAUCGCAUUUCCUGGAGCAACAAAGGGAAGAAUUUGACGCUAUUCAUACUCGUUUGCGUUCGGGUAGUAACGAUGCGAUAGACGCGGAUAUAGUCGCGACGUUGGGAGCGGGAUAACGAGCUCUGAAGCAUUGAAUAUUCAUGAACGUGAAUAAGUAUGCUAUUGAAACAGGCUUUCAAAUUAUAGGAUCGAUGAUACCGUUAAUUAAUAUUCUUUUGGUAGAAAAAAAUCAAGCUAAUUCAGAAAAUAAAAUAGUUGAGAAAAAAAUGGAAA